AUGCCUGAUGAACUGUGGCAGGAAAUUUAUUCGACGAUUAUCAAUAUAGCAAGUGAACACAUACCAUACAAGAAGCCAGAGACAAAGCGCACAUGGCUCUUGGGCAGGACCAUAAAAAUAGCAGAGCAAAGGAAAGUAGCCAAAGCAGCAGUAAAAUGUGAAGAAGCAAGAAAACUAGAUGCAGAUUUCCACAGGGCAGCAAGGAAAGAUAGUGAAGUUCACUGGGACGAGUAUUGCAAACAGCUAGAAGAGGGCUGCAUGAAGGGCAUUGCCAAUUAUGCAUUUACGCAAACGGACGCAGAGCCUGCAGAUGAGAGAGGCAAGGAAAAGGCCUCCGAGGAGGAAGAGAUCCUGCAGUAUGAGCAGGACAUCACGGAGCUGCUGCUCACCAUUGCCGGCCUCCACGGCAAAAUUGAACACUUGCAGCACCAGAAGGCCAGAGACGAUGAGGAUUUUUCUGACCUGGGCUCGGAAUACACGGCGAGCCUGCCCCGGUGCCCUCAGCCUUUCCCAAACGUGGUCCUGGCCCUGCCGCCUCCGGCUCGGAGAGAGGAAGGCCACGCCGACCUCUUCCUUGAUGUCCACAAAGCCAUGACAUCUCUCGAAAACACCAUUUUAUCCCACCGGAGCCGUAUCUCAAGCACAGAAGCCGAGCUGGAGGGAUCCACCCGGGUGCCUGAGAUCUGUGGCGCUCUUCUGAUGUUCUUCCGUAGGCUUUGCUGGGCCCAUCCAGUGUCUCCGUAUGUUUGCCAGAGCCUGGAACAAAGCCAACAGAAGUUCCAAGGAGAUGACAAAGGGCCGCAGCCCCAGCUGCGCAGUGAAGAGGAGAGCUCGGCGGCUAGACUUCUGCCAGAAGAGAUGAGCAAGUACAAGAGAGAAAUGGCCCUCUAUGAGCAGAGGAAUGCGGCCCUAAGGGUAGCCCUGGAAGGGAAGGACGAGAGCCUCCGCCGGUCAAAGACCACCCUCUGUGCAUACCAAGACGAGCGGGAUAAGCUUCAGAGAAAGGUCAAAGAGUUGCAGGAUGAUCUCUGUAAGAUCAAGAACCUGACGGAUGGAUUUGCCUGCCCUGUGCAAGAAGGAAGGCCAUGGGGGUUUCAGGACCCAGUGGCUGCAGCCCAGAACUUGAUCCGCUGCUUUCAGGGUGCUUCUAGCACCCACCCUAUUUGCCACCUCUUCCUCCAGCAGGACCCACAGCCCAUGGAGACCCACACAAUAGACAUGGAAGCCCAAAUCCAGCAGCUCAAUGGCCACUACACGUUACAUGUCUGCCCUCCCACCUUCAGGUUUGUUGAGAAGCUGAAAUGCCUCAACCAGCUUCUUUCGGCCACGCUGCAGGAAUGCAAGAGCGACUCGGAAGGCCUCAGCAUGCUCCUGGGUCGCCGAGAAUCUGAUACCACCGCCCUCCGCUUGGCUGUGCAGUACAGCGAACGGUGCUUGGAGGCCUACGAGGUACUCUGGUCAUUGAUGGCAGCACAGCAGCGUCCCAGGAAGGAAUCAUCUGAGGGCGGAGAUGUCCCUGUAACAGCCCCAGGUGACCUUGGCAGUGUCUGUCAUGAGAUGAAGAUGGCAGUGAUGAAUGAAGCUCUAAGGUCCUGGGAAAGAUGCAAUGUGAACAACGAGGGAUCUGGAUGUGCCGACUUCAAGCAGAGCCCCCCAGAGCCAAGCGGUUUGGAGAAGGACAGAAAGGAGGUUUUGCAAGAGUACAUCAGGCGCCUGAGGGCAGAACAGGCCUCUCUGAAGCUCCCCGCCUCAGGGACAUCGCCCAGGACUGACUUUGCAGCAGCCAGAAUCAACGCGGGGAUUGUAGCCAAAGUAGCAGAAGUGCAGAGAGCUUGGAGUGACGUUCUCACCCCGGAGGCGGCAAGUCCCAAGAUGGAGAAGUUGCAUCUGGUGCAAGAACUGCAGACGGCCAGGGAAGCUUUGGCUGACUUAAAUAUCCAGCUGCAUUUAACGGGGAAGGAGAAGCAAGGCCUGGAACUCCAGACGUACACCCUGAAGGCUCAAGAGGCCGCUUGCUUGUUGAUCAUCCGGAUCCUACAGGAGGACUGUGAGAAGAGCCGGGGACAGCAGUCUGGAUCUUCCAGUAGCAGCAGCAGCAGCAGCAGUGAAGACAGUGACCUAAGGCUGAUGAUUGGCGGGGGUUCCCGCGCCCUGUGCUGGGCACCUGGGACAGCCCAGUCGCCUCUGCACAUGGGCGGGUCUAGCUUGGUUGUGUGCUAUUGCGUUGUUCCGAUGUAUCGUUAUGACGAUACACUACACAGCCGACGCGAAUCUAUUCCAAGUAGGGUUGCCGGCUCAUACCUGGCUGCUGGGAGGGGAUCUUCCUCAAGUGCCAUGAUGUGCCCGGCACAAUGA